UCAAAUCUCCAGUCUCUCUCUCCUUCUCUCUCUCUCUCUCUCUCUCCAAAUGAAACCGCCGCCGUAAAAUGAGUCUUUGACUCGCUGACUGAACCGAAUCGGUGUUCAUAUUUAGCUUCACUCAACUAGAAUUUUAGAUUAGUACUGAUAUCGGCGGUUCCGUAAGAAAUUUGGCCCCUUUCUCGGGAAAAUGAAAAUCUAAUUUUCCGGGAAAACCAUUUCAGCAGCUAGCUAGAAGUUGUAUGCGUAGUACAUCGUUUGCAAUUCACUCAAGAGAGAAUUAAUUUCUGAAUUUUUGCUAGAUUGGUACUUCUCAGCGACUCAUCGGUUCUACUAGUCGUCAGAGCUACCAGAGGUAGAUUCGAGUACUUAAUUUGAAGGAAAGCUAGGGUUUAGUGCUGUGAUGGAGUUUGAAAAUACUUCACCAAUGAAGGUCUGUACAGCAACAGGAGAAGCCAGUAUAAUUUGUUCUACCAAUCAAUCACCACCACCAGCAACAACAGCGAAGAAGAAGCGAAGUCUCCCUGGAAUGCCUGAUCCAAGUGCUGAGGUGAUUGCUUUAUCGCCGGAGACUCUGAUGGCGACGAACCGAUUUGUGUGCGAGAUCUGCAACAAAGGAUUUCAACGGGACCAGAACCUUCAGCUUCACAGGCGAGGCCAUAACUUGCCUUGGAAGCUCCGUCAGCGAGCGGGUGGAGAGGUCCGAAAGAGAGUCUAUGUCUGUCCCGAGCCGACCUGCGUUCACCAUGAUCGGUCGAGAGCGCUUGGAGAUCUCACCGGUAUAAAGAAGCACUUCUGCAGAAAGCACGGGGAGAAGAAGUGGAACUGCGAGCGGUGCUCGAAGAAGUAUGCCGUGAAAUCCGAUUGGAAGGCUCAUAUGAAGACAUGCGGCACCAGAGAGUACAGAUGUGAUUGCGGAACUGUGUUCUCAAGGAGAGAUAGCUUCGUUACACAUAGGGCUUUUUGCGAUGUUUUGGCGAAUGAGAGUAGGAGAACUCAAACACAAAUACAAACACAAACCCUAGCCAUUACGAGUUCAGAAGAAACUCUGAAGGGCAAGACUGUUGCUUCCUCGUCGUUUAGUCCACCUCCACCUCCUCUCACUCCAUCAACUACUGUACUCUCUCCAGUUCUGUCUAUUCAAAGCUCAGAGUUGCCGGAAAAUACAACGGGAUUGUCACAGCAACAACCAAUAGUAACCCCCACCGCGGCCGUCUCCAGCGGUGGCUCCACCUUUACUGGUACUGCCAAUAGGGGCGGUGGUGUGUUUGCUAGUAUAUUUGCUUCCCCAACAUCAGCAAGUGUCACGCAAUCAUCCCAAUCACCAUCCUCAUUCUCGGACUUAAUCUGUGCCAUGGCUACUAGCUCUGAGCACCGAGCCGCCGCGGAACCCAUAUCCCUCUCUCUCUCAUCCUCCCUCUAUCUCUCGAACAACACUUCGUCCCUAUUUGCAGCACCCACUCAAGACCUGUCUCAGCAUUACGCCCGGUUUCCUCCACAACCCACCUUAUCCGCCACCGCCUUACUCCAAAAGGCAGCCCAAAUGGGUGCAAAAUCGUCCAAUUCCUCGUUCCUUCGCGGCCUUGGUUUGGCAUUGCCAUCUUCAUCCGACCAUCAAGACAAUACCACCACCAACACAUGGAGUAGCAAUGUGAAGUCGGAGAGCAAUUCAUUGGCAUGUGGACUUGGACUAGGGCUUGCCUCUGAUGGCUUCACGGAUCUAGUGAUGAGCAAGCCAACCACGCUCGAUCUUCUGGGACUGGGAAUUGGUGGUGGUGGUGCCUCUAAUUCUGGAUUCACAGAGUUCAUUAAUUCGAUUGGAGGUGGUGGCCACAUUUCUGCUGCAGCGUCUGCUCCUCCGUUCGGAGGGUUGCAUUUGGGCGGAGAUGGCACAUCUGAUACAAAGCCGAGUAUGCACUAGACCUUCCUCAUGAAUCACCAUAAACUACUCAUUUCCAAUCUCUCCCUUGGUUUUUGGGUUGGAGGGAUUUGUUUUUCCGUUUUUGUAUUUGCACACACAUAUAUAUAUAUAUAGCUUUCUUUUAAUGUGGCCUUGUUUUUGCUCAUAAAAUUUGGUAAGUUUAAUUAGUAGUGUAUGAUGGAGGAUCGGUAGAUUAGAUGUUGGUAUGCACAUGGGGCUUUUGUUAGUGCUUCAUGUUCAUCCAUGCACCAAAAUUGUAUAGAAAGAAACUUUAAUGAGUAUUUAUAGUGAAUUAUCUCCUUCUUCA